GGCUCUCCCUCUCUGGUUUUUUUCACUCACCAAAAAGACGAAAGAAGCAAGCAUGUGUGGCGGAGCAAUCAUCGCAGAUUUCAUACCUCGGCAGCGUCCCCGCACCCUCACAGCCUCCGAACUCUGGCCCAAGCGCAGCGAACCUCAACCUCAACCUCCUCCUCCUCCAGUUAAGAGGCAGAGGAAAAACCUCUACAGAGGGAUCAGGCAGCGGCCCUGGGGCAAAUGGGCCGCGGAGAUUCGCGAUCCACGUAAAGGAGUUCGUGUCUGGCUUGGCACCUUCAACACCGCCGAAGAAGCCGCCAGAGCCUACGACAAAGAAGCCCGAAAAAUCCGCGGCAAGAAAGCCAAAGUCAAUUUCCCCAACGAGGACGACCCUCUGCCGCAAUACGGAUCUUGCAAGAGCCUCAACUUGGAGUUCGGUUACGAUCUCAACCAAACAGGGCUUUUCCCUUCUUCUAACGCUGAUGAGAAUUGCGGGUCCCACGUGGCUUACUCCGUUACGGAAGCCAACAACAAAGUAGAGAAGCUUUCCGAGGAGCUUAUGGCGUACGAGAAUUUAAUGAGGUUUUAUCAGAUUCCGGAAAACGUCGUUGGGGAUUUGUGGGCCUUUCCUGACACCUCUCCACCUCUCUGAUUUCUGUCACAUCGUUUCUUCUAUCAUUAAUUCUCCAAUUCUGUUCUUAAAAUAUGAUAUGUACAAUCAGCAAUUUCAAUUUGCAUGUAUUUAACUUUCAGACUCUUA